GCUUAGUUGUGCGUGAUCGGGUAGAAGAAGUGGUGGUCGCACGAGUCGACGCACGAGUGGCACAUGGCGCCGAACGUGCCGAGCAUGGCCGCGCGGCCGUUCUGGAGCUCGCACGUGAGCGCGCGCGUGCGCGCGGCGGGGUCCGUGAUCUGCUCCGUGAACGGGUAGCCGCCGGGGAUGGUGCCCGCCGAGCCGUCGUAGCCGCCCGGGAGGUUCUGCGGGCCGCCCGUGUACUGCGACGCCGGCAUGGCGACGGUCUCGGCGAUGCCGCCGAAGAGGAGGAUCUGGGCGAGGCCGAACGUGGGCACGUUGGAGAGCGCCGCGAAGCCCAUGCCGUCCUUGAGGAUGUCCGAGAACUGGACCGAGCCGUCAAGGGUCAUGGAGCCGGGGAAGGUGAUGCCGAGCUCCUGGACCAUCAUGCCGAGGAACGCCAUCAUGGAGAUGCGGCCGUGCUUGAUCUCGACGGCGCGGCGGCGGGCGAGGCCCUCCGUGUCCUCGAACAUGAAGCCCGAGGGGGUGAUCGGCCCGGGGUCGACGCCGAUGUCGCCCUUGACGACGACCUUGGAGGCGGCCUGCUGGCCGGGGGCCACGAAGGCGACGGCCGGGGCGGCGAGGAGGGCGAGAGCGAGCUUGGCCAUUUUGAUUUGUUGUCUGCGGGGGGCGCGGCGGGUGAGCUACGCGCGUGAGGUACGCGCCGCCGACGCGCGGCCGCGAGGCGCCGUGCCAUUGCAAAAGUGGCUGCCCCGGAUUUCGGGCCCCAUGCGCCGCUUGUGCGCGCGCGCGCGCUGCCCCCUUGCUGCAGCGCGGAGAGGGACGGGCCAGGGUACUCUCGCGCGGCCGCGCAGGCAAGGAGCGGGGUUUGGGCAGGCGGAAUCUACUUACGAGUUUUUGUUUGGUUGAGAUGAGGAUCACAGCUCGCAUCUAUGCGAGAGUCCGGACCCGGUAGGCGGGCCGCGCGGGCGGCCGCAGGCGUCGUCCGAAGCGCGCCGCGGGUCGGAGCUCGUGGGCGGACACGUGGCGCACGCUGGUUCAGCAAAAGGUCCGAAUCAUGCGCCGCCCGCUGGGCUCCUGAAGAUACUGGCUCGUAGAACUGGUUCGAUGUCACAGAUUGUUGUUACCGGCAAGCGAGGGACGAGCGUCCAUAAGCGCGACACUUGCGCCGAGCUCGGAGUCCUCGGCGACGACGCAGC